AUGCUUCAGGAUGGUAUGCUGCAAGGUGGUAUGCUGCAGGAUGGUAUGCUGCAGGGUGGUAUGCUGCAGGAUGGUAUGCUGCAAGAUGGUAUGCUGCAAGAUGGUAUGCUGCAAGGUGGUAUGCUGCAGAAUGGUAUGCUGCAGGGUGGUAUACUGCAGGGUGGUAUGCUGCAGGAUGUUGGUGACAUGAUUGAGAUAAACAGAGGUGCAUUCAAACACUGGGCUCUGUACAUUGGACAUGGAAAGGUCAUCCAGUUGAUAACUCCAGAUGGGCCUUCAAGAGUAUCUUUCUGCAGUGUUAGCUCAUUCAGCGGCAGUGUUUCCUGUAAAGGCAUGAUUACAAUCGAGACAUUAAAGGAUGUGGCAUCAAGGAAUACUUACAAAAUCAACAACUACUUGGAUAACAAGUACAAACCAAGGCCGACUGACGUCAUUAUGGGGGAAGUGGACAAAAUGAAAGGCCGCACAAUAAAAUAUGACGUCCUUGGAAACAACUGCGAGCAUUUUGUUACUUUCCUCCGUUACGGCCAAUCAGAGUCCAAACAGGCAGAUGACUUCAUGAAGGAUUUGUUAGCUGGUCAGCUAGGCCUGCUUGGUGUACUGGCUGUGUUUGCUGUUUCUACAGCUGCUGCAGCAAACACACUUAGUAAAUAAUUUAUUGGUUCUCUCAUGAGUCCAUUGUGAAUGUCAGUAAUGCAAAAUGUUGUUUAUAACCUAAUGAAGAAUGGACCAUCUCAAAGAC